AUGCGCGUGACCACUGAAGAUAUCACUGUCGCAUGGGGACAAUCCCCUCAUCCGCUCGAUUCUCAAUAUGGUAAAUGGAGAAUGGCAGUGUUUCAAGAUGUGCAAGAGUCGAUUGAUGGCUCAAAAUUGUACUUUUUGUACGAUCCACAAGCUGAUGAGCAGAGUGGAACAAGUGGACAGAGGAAGGGAUAUCCAGGACUCGUUAUCUUUGAUACCAACUUUAAAUGUUUCGUUGGAGAGAUAUCCAUUCAUACUCCAGGAAAAAUGAAGUUCCUAUUCGCUCUCAAAUGUCCAUCUCCACAGGGAGGCUCUUCGUUCGUUCUUGUCACCGAGGAACACAUUUAUGGACAAAUUCGACUCAACGUAUCACGCGUCGACUUGUCGCACGAUGGACUCUCAAUCGCUAACGUUCGUCCGUUGAUUCCAGAAGCAUUGUGCAUUGGUGGAGAAUACAUUUGCUCUAUGCGCGAGGACCUGCCCGAGAUCGUUGUGAUGGCUAAUCCAGGACUUCAAAUCUGGCGAAUCAAUUGCAUGGUGGAGUCUCCGCAACCACCGGUGGCCACUUUUAGAGUGCCGGGCUCUGCUGAUCUCAAUCACUUCUACGAUGGAUUUCUUAACAAUGGAAAUAUUAUCUUCUUGUCUGCUACUCCAGACGGACACUUUGACAAUACUCGUGUUCAUCUUCUCAGUUUGAACAACCCACAACAUAUCACCUCACAAAACUGUACCGGAGAUCCACAACGCGGAAUGCCAAUUCCAAGAAAACAAUGUGGAUUCGACUCGGUUACCAAUGCGAUUCUCAUGGCUGGAGGAGAGGUCGACCGUGGGAACGGAGUCGAGCGACUCGUCGACUACUGGGCCCUCAAUACCCAAACAUUCCAAUGGCUCCAAAUCCCAUCCCAAAUGCCAUGCCCAUUGAUUGAGCCUAGACUCACCGCUUGUCACUCUGGCAACAUUUUCGUCUGGGGAGACUUUGAUCAACCGCUCCCCGGGAUGCCACCACAUGGAACUCAUCUCCGUAUUCUCCGUGUUUCUGGACUCGAGACAGUCAGUCAGCCACCGGCGUACUCUUCUUACGCUCCACCGGCCAAUCCACUGUUGGAUAAUAAGCCUGGAGGCACAAACCCACCGUACCCAUCCGGCGGAAACCAAGGAGGAGGUGAACCGGCUCUACCGUACCCGUGCUACAAGGGACAGCCGGGAUUUGACCCAAAUCAGCAAGGAAGUUACACUCAGACUUCUGACGGGCACAACGCCUACUAUCCAAAGAAGAAGAAGAGUUGCUGCAUCCAAUAA